AUGAUUGCUCAGGACGACCUCGCCUGCUUGCAGACCGAGGAAAGAAAUCCAAAAAGCUUCGACAUCGAUCAAGUGUCAACGGUCGAGCUGUGUCAAAUCAUCAAUCACGAAGAUGCGACUAUUGCGACAGCCGUUUCUCGGUGCAUUCCGGUCAUAGCAGCAGCCAUCGAUGUACUUGCUAGAAGAGUCCGACGUGGAGGAAGAGUGAUAUACGUGGGCGCUGGCACCAGCGGGAGAUUGGGGGUACUGGACGCGUCGGAGAUACCACCCACGUAUUCCGCUCCAGAGGGCCAAUUCAUUGGCCUGAUUGCUGGCGGGGACGUGGCAAUACGGCAUGCACAAGAGGGUGCGGAAGACGACGUCGAUGCUGCAGUGCAGGAUCUACAGUCUAUCAAAAUCGACGGCCGUGUUGACUCCGUAGUUGGUAUCGCGACUUCCGGCCGUACGCCGUACGUUUUGAGCAGUUUGUCGUUCGCCAAAAGUCUAGGUUGUGCCAGUAUUGGAGUUGCCUGUGUCGAACCCUCGGCCAUGAGCCAAAGCGAACAUGUCGAUUUCAUGAUCAGCCCUGUAGUGGGUGCUGAAGUGGUGACGGGCAGUACCAGAAUGAAGGCCGGCACGGCGACGAAAAUGGUCCUCAAUAUGUUGAGUACGGGUACAAUGAUCCGAAUCGGUAAAACCUAUGGGAAUAUGAUGGUUGACCUGAAAGCUACGAAUUUGAAGCUCCGGCAACGAGCUCGAAAUAUUCUCCGCAGUGUAUGCGGGCCCUUGUGCCCCAACUCAGACACAGAACUCGACGCCUUACUUGACAGCUGUGGUGGAAGUGUGAAGCUUGCCAUUGCGAAACUUUCCUUGGGCCUACCUGUAUCGGAAGCACAGGAGCGAUUGACAGCAGCCGACGGUGUGCUUUCCAAAGUGCUACAGCCAGCAAGCUUAAGUCCUGAGCUAGGUUUGCCACAUGAGGCCCGGUCAGAUUUUGUCCUUUGUGUAGAUGGAGGUGGCAGCAAAUGUGCUGCCGCAGUCAUUUCGCUGGACGGCACUGGUACUCAUGGAUAUGGAGAGGCAGGCGGCUGCAAUGUAACGGAUGUUGGCGUCGAUAAAGCCAUUGCAGAAAUUGAGCUCGCGGUGCAAAGAGCGUGUUGCGCUCACCCACAGAUACGAGGAAGACCAUGGAAGCCGAGUCUCUUUGCCACCGCCUGGGUUGCUCUGGCAGGUUAUGACCGAAAGGAGAUCGCCAUUGCGGUCGAUCAGACGCUGGAAGCCCUGUUUCAACGGCCUAUAGGUAACAGUCUCAAGGUAACAAACGAUACUCAGCUUCUUGCAACCUCUGCUGCAGGACAAGGUGAGGCAGACUCUGUGGUGGUUCUUGUUGCAGGGACUGGUUCCGUAGCAAUGUGCUACCAACGAGAUCAAGGCCGCCUUGUACGUACAGGACGGUCCAAUGGUUGGGGUUAUCUCCUCGGAGACGACGGGUCAGGCUUCGACAUGGGACGACAGGCAAUCCGGGCUGCAUUGCUCGCUUUGGAUAAGUGCAAUCUCGAAAAUCAUGUCAACGGGUAUGUGGACAAGCUGCCACUUUUGGUUCAACGCGUGCUGCAGUACUUUCAGCCAAAAGCUUCGGACGACGCUAGAUACGACUUGCUUGGUGCAGUGCUCUCAUCCGCGUCAGAAUUGGACAAGAAGAAACUUAUUGCUUCGGUCGCACGAAUCGUGAUUGAGCUGAGUGGGCAAGAUCAGCUCUCAAGAGAUAUUCUUGACAACAGCGUCAGAAGCCUCACAAACAUCCUGCUUCCGAUCGUCACUUCCAGGCGUGUCCAGGUAGAGAAGUCAAUCUUGGUCUUGGCAGGCGGGCUGAUGCAGAGCGACAUAUUUGUGAGCGCGGUCAAAAGUGCUUUGCUCCAGGCCAAGAUGAGCUUUAAGACUGUUGAGGUUGUGCAAAAUCCCGCACUUUCGGGCGCUAUGGAAUUAGUGAGACAGGUUCAAGAGUCAUGUUGA